AUGGAGCUGAGACUCCCCGGAGAAUCUUGCAGACUUGACCCCGCGUUCCCGCUGUUCCGGUGGACUCGCAAGGAGGGCCACCUCAGCACCGGGGACGCCGACUUCGUGGACGUGAUCCACACGGACAGCGGCGUGUACGGCGUCGCCUUCCCCAUCGGGGACGUCGACUUCUACCCCAACGGCGGCCGGCCGCGCCAGCCGGGGUGCAGCGCCAGCGAGCUCCGUGCCAAGGGGCAGUUCCCCCAGGACUUUGUGAGCUGCAGCCACUCGCGCGCCUGGCUGUACUACGCCGAGUCGGUGCUGCACCCGCAGGCCUUCCCCGCGCUGCGCUGCCGCUCCGAGGCGCGCUUCCGGUCGGGGAAGUGCCGCGACCAGGUCAAGGCGGAGAUCCACGCGCGGGCGGAGCGCGCCUACCGCUCGAGGGCCGCCAACGCCACCGCCGGCGUCCCCGCCGAGGAGCGGGAGCCCACGGCGUUUUUCGCGUACAUGGGACUGUGGGCGCGGAGCGGAGGGAGCCGCGGCACUUACUUCCUCCAGACCAACGACGGCUUCCCCUUCUCCAGAGGGCUGGACUUCCCCAGGAGCGGCGCGGACUGACGGCUAGACCGCAUAAGUCGCACGGUAGACAACGUAAAAUAUUUCCAAAAAAAUAAAAAAAACAUAUUAUACAUUUUUUAAAA